UGCCAAUAGAGCUCAGUAUCUCACCUAAACUCAGUGCUUGUGGCCGUUCUUGCUCGUUUGUUUGGAUCGCGUCGCCUCAGUGUAAAAACCUCGCCACCAUGUUCGCCACCAUGAACGGAAGCACAGCGCAAAACCCGAAGAAGGCGCCGCUCGACACCGCGUUCACCAACGGCUGCGCGCACGUCAACGGAGCUGCGGCCAAGAACGGGGCGACGGAGAACGGAAAGGAAGAAGGAGGAAGGAGGAAGGACGAAGGAGGAGAGCUGCUGAAGAAGAUUCUGGAGAUCGUCUUGCGGGAGAAGAUCGUGACGGGGGUCGACGCGCCCGAGAAGGUGAUCGAGUUCAAGCAGCCCGAGGAACUGAAGAAACUGUUCGAUCUGCGAGCUGGCCACGACGGCUGUUCCCCCGACGAGGCGCACGCCCUCCUCGAGCAGGUGGUCCGGUACAGCGUGAGGACGACCCACCCCCACUUCUACAACCAGCUGUACGCGGGGAUCGACGAGGUGGCGCUGACCGGGGCUUGGCUCACAGAGGCCCUCAACACGAACCAGUACACGUUCGAGGUGGCUCCCGUGUUCAUGCUGGUGGAGCAUGAAGUCAUCCGCCAGCUGGUGGAGCUCUACGGGUUCGAGGACGGGGAUGGCAUCUUCGCCCCGGGUGGCAGCAUGAGCAACAUGUACGACGCGAUGGUCCUGGCGCGCUUACAAGAAGAACCCAAUGUGAAGAGGACGGCGUUCUCCUCCAAACCUCUCAUUGUUUUCACGUCUGAUCAGGGCCACUACUCCGUCAGCAAGAGCGCCUCCUGGCUGGGCAUCGGCAUGGACCACGUCGUGCCCGUGGCGACCGACGACCAAGGCAGGAUGCUCCCCGAGGCCCUCCGGAAGGCGGUGCAGAAGGCGCGGGAGCAGGGCGGGGAUCCGUACUUCGUCAACGCCACCGCCGGCAGCACCGUCUUCGGCGCCUACGACCCCCUCGAUCAGCUGGCCGACGUUUGCGCUGAGGAGGGGCUUUGGCUGCACGUCGAUGGCUGCUGGGGCGGCGCCGUCGUCCUCUCCAGGAAGCACAAGCACCUCGUCUCUGGGAUCCACAGGGUAGACUCAGUCGCCUGGAAUCCCCAUAAGAUGUUGGGCGCAGCGCUGCAGUGUUCAGCAUUCGUCACCAAGCACAAGGGCCUCCUCCACCAGUGCAACUCGGCGCGGGCGUCCUACCUCUUCCAGCAGGACAAGUACUACGACGUGAGCUACGACACGGGCGACAAGAGCGUCCAAUGCGGGCGCAAAGUGGACGCCUUCAAGCUGUGGCUCUCGUUCAAACUGCACGGCAUGGCCGAGCUCGAGCGGAGGGUCGACGCCGCCUUCGCCGCCUCCAGACACUUGUGCGAACAGGUGAAGGCUCGAGAGGGCUUCCGCCUGCUGCGGGAGCCGCAGUGCACCAACGUGUGCUUCUGGUUCAUCCCGCCCAGCCUCAGGGACCAGCCCGAGACUCCCGAGUGGUGGGUGAAGCUGUCCAAGGUGGCGCCGCAGCUGAAGGAGCGCAUGGUCCGCGAGGGGUCCAUGAUGGUCGGCUACCAGCCCGUCGCCUCCAAGGGCCUCGUCAACUUCAUCAGGAUGGUGACCACGUGCACGCCCACGCCCACGCUCGCCCACAUGGACUUCGUGCUGGAUGAGAUCGCGAGACUUGGGGCUGAUUUAUAAGGAAGGGGAAGAAGGGGAGGACGGAGAGAAGGAGGAGAUAAGGAGAUGCAAAAUAAAAGGAACGAUAUGAAUA